GGAGUGCACACCGGUGGUCGCAUUCGCAUUCGCAGUCGCAAUCGCAAUCGGAGUCCCAUUCGCAUCCGCCAAAGUCCGCGCUUCAGAUCGAAAUCGUAGAGCCCACCAUGGAUAUCUCCGCCUACCAGCACAUGAACAUCCGGAUGAGCACGCGCGGCAAGCGUCCGCUGCGUAACCUCACGCCCAACGAUAAGGUGCGCGCCAUACAGCGCAUCCACAAUGGCGAGACCAAGGCCAGUGUUUCCCGUGAUAUAGGUGUUCCCGAGUCCACGCUGCGUGGCUGGUGCAAGAACGAGCAGAAGCUGCGCUUCAUGUGCCGCCAGCUGGGUCCCGAUCACCUGGGUCUGGACACGCCCCCAGAGAAGCGCGCCAAGUUCGAGCUGCAACUCCAACUGCCCCCCAAAUUCGUGGCCCUGCCUCCGAAUUACGAGGAGCUGGGCUUUGGGGCACUGCCCUACUCCCCGGCCGAUUAUCCUGGGCAGGGUGAGUCGCUCCUGGAGAAACUAAGCCUGGUGGAAUUUGUCAAAAAGACAGGCGGUUUGCAUCCGGAGCAAGUGCAUCCAAGUCAGUCGGCCGGAGUUAUGGACUACUCCAACAACAUGCUGCACCAGCUGAAUCUCCUGGCCCUGCUCAACUCCAAACUAACCCCUCCCCAGACUGCCGAAAUGGAUGCACCCAAGGCGGAGGACAACAACAACAAGGUGGUUGAUUCAACCGCUGCCUCCGAGGAUUACAGCAAAAACAAUUAUCCCCUGCUGAGUGUGAAGAACUGGGCCAAGGAUCCGGCCAAGCGGAUGAACCUAACCAAUCAGCCGGAGCAGAUGAACGAUAAGAACAAUAAUGCUUUGGACGGGAAUCCUCCAGCUACGGAGCAGGUUAAGACUGCCAUGUUUCCGGACACCGCCAUACCCCUACUGCCAGCACCCUUCCCGAAUCCUGCGGAUCUAGCGCCUGUGAUAGCACCAGUGACUCCGGCCAGUGCCACGCCCACGCCCAUUACCGCUGGCGGAGGAGCCGAUGGCCAGGGGGCGGCUCUGCUGGAUUGGUGCAAGCUCUUCAAUGCCAGCUUGAACUUCCUGGCCUUCGCAGCGGCCGCAGCUUCGAUGCAACCCGGCGGCGGCGGCGGCGGCGGCGGAGGAAGUGCACCCAACAGCCACUACAAUCCCAACCAGAUGGUGAACGGCGGGUCCGAACCCGAUCUCGACAUCGCCACAUAUCCCUUCAACGAAGCGCUGAUGAAGCGCCUGAGUCCCUUGGCCCACAGUGAGGCCUCCAACGAAAGCUACUGCGACAGCGAGCCGGAGGAUCUGUCCGUGCGAUCCUGCGCCUCCAAGGCCUCCAGCAGAUCCCACACCCCCGACAAGAGCAUCGGGUCCAGCGAUGCCGAGCAGUAGACACAAUAGAUCUGUAGUUCUAUAGUUCUAUAGUUUCUAGUUCUAGUUCUAGUGUAAAUACCUCCAUUUUUAUUGUUAAAUAGCCACCUUAAGUAUUUAUGAAACAACACGAAUCAUUUCGCAAUGCAAAUGCCAUUUGUACUUAUCAAUUAAUGUAUUAAUAUCACUGCAACAGGUAUUAAUAGAUCAGCAUACUAUAAUAGCUAGUUAUAACUAGGAAUAUCGACUGUGUGACUCUAAUUGUUUGAAAACCAAAUUCAAUUCAUCUACACUUAUAAUAACAAAUACUAAUUGUUUUAAGUAGCUAAAUUAUUUGGCACGUUCGCCAGCCAUUCCAAUCGAUUUGUUUUCGUACUGCUGUAAUCUCCGUAACUCUUAAUAAGCAUAUAAACUAAUUACU